AUGUCCUCCACAGAUUCCCGAGUGGACCAAAUGUUUCGCAUCUUGCUUGACCCUGAUGAGAAAGAUGUUGAAAAGCAGCAGAAGGCAGCACAGAAUUUGGUGGUGUUGGCUCGAGAAGAUGCUGGAGCAGAGAAGAUUUUCCAGAGUGAUGGGGUCCGUCUCCUCAUAAGACUAUUGGACACUAAGAAAGCAGACAUGAUGUUGGCUGCUCUGAGGACCUUGGUUGGUCUCUGCGCUGGUCAUCAGCCUCGAACAGUGGCUAUCCUUACUGCAGUGGGCAUGGAGAAGUUUUGUGCAGUGAUGGCAGUGGAUGAUGAGUCCAUCUCUCUUGCUGCAUGCACUGUCCUGAAUAACAUGUUCGAUACACUGAAAGAAGAUAUGAAAAAGGAUAUCCGAGCAAAGGAAGGAGCAAUCAUUCUAGAUCCUUCUAAGGAGCUGAAGUCAAUGAUUCAUUACUUACUUGAGAUGCUAACUCAGUCAAGUGUGUCCUCACAUGGCAGAGAGAAUUCUCUUAAUCUUCUCAUAAAAGUUGUACCACGAAAGUCAUUGCGUGAUGCCAACAAUGGGAUGACCUUGUGGGUCAUUGAUCAAGGUUUGAAGAAAAUCCUUGAAAUAGGAGGCUCCCUAGUGGAGAUCCCAGGCAGCCUGCCAGUUACAGAGACCACCAGGAUGAGCGCCUCUGUGCUUCUAAAUAAGCUCUUUGAUGAUCUCAAGUGUGACGCAGAACGAGAGAAUUUCUACAAGCUUUGUGAAGAUUAUGUUCGGAGUUGGUUUGAAGGUCACGGUAUGGAUGGGAAACUGCGUGCUAUACAAACU